CACGUUGCAUCAUUUGCCAGCAGCGAAUGAACCAAUGCAUUGUGUCCACACACCAUACACACACACACCGAAUCGACAAUCGUCUCCAUCGACAAGACACACUCACUGUACAUUUCCGUCCGUCCCAGCACAGCACCCCUGGCUAGCCCAGUAUGCGCUUGACGCUUUCAUUUGCCCAGAAGAAGAUCAGGCCCGCUGCGGACACCAACAUGACACGUGCUGCCGCCCCCCGAAAAAACCCCGCAGCACCCUCCUCCCUGUACAGCUUCACGAUGCUCGAACCCACCGUCAUUUUGCCAUACUCCGAGUCAACCAUCUGCAGUGUCUUGACCGUGUCCAGCGGGUGUGUGAGGACCGACGCCAGACCUGCGGCGGUGAAGCCGAUGAGAGCCGUUUGCCACAGGGGGAGGAUGUCGUUGUCGAGGCCCUCGAGCACAGCCAGGUCCUGACGGAAUCGCUCGUAGAAGGACACCUGCAGGGGACGCAUGACAGUGGGCAUCGACAAAUCGACCCGUACACCUAAAUUACGCAGGUGUGCUGACUGACUGACUGACUGACCUGUAAGGCGUUGAAGGGCAAUUCGCGCAACAGCUGGGCCUGGUAGCCCGAGAAGAGAGUCAUCACACGACCCUGAAAGAGGGCGAGAAACAGCGCGGCUUCACACAUUAGUCCCGCGCUGUUUGUCCGAGCUCACCUGUUGGAUGAGUGCCCGUGCGGCCUCGAUGCUGUUGGCCCCUCCCUGCCCCACUUGCAGCCUCUGCUUCACCACCUCGGCAGGCGUCUUGACCAGCACUGACGGGAGCGACGCCAGCGCACUUGCGAGGAAGUAUACAGCGGUGGUGCUGGGCACCCCCUUGGCCAGCAAUGGCUGCAGCAGGUCGAAUGCGCCGAAGAACACAGCUGACGCGGGAGUCGCCACCAAGAUUGCGGGCAGCAGACCAUCGAAAAGCCGGAGAGAGCGGAGCCGGUCAAUGGCACUCUCUGCGUGGGCAUCAGCAGCAGCGUGCCUGUUGCUGACGGUGGCGUGUUUCCGCAGCCCAUCGUCUGUCGCUUCAUAUGGGUCUUCAGCUUCGCGAAGCCCAGGCCGACGGACGAUGCGCUGCGGCGCCAAUUCUCGAUCCCCUCCUCUCCUCCCGACAGACGACGACUCCGCCCGCUGGCCGACAGGGGUUCUCUCGGCCUUUGCACCGCCCCACUUGGUGCCCGACAGGACAGGUGUCGUUCCAAAGGCGCUGGCUGCGCUCUCGCUACCGUUGAUAAGUGGGGGACCGGAGGGCUCCUGCUCGUCGGCAGUGGAGGUGCGGCUGCGCCGCUUGACCUGCUGCCGUGUCUUGAUGGUGUCUAUCAUGAUAGAGCAACACAAGCAGCCACGUGGGUGACGUCGGUGUAUCUAUCUGCCGUGUGCAACUUCCAUGCAUUCCUCACCGAGAGGAUAAGUCACAGCUCUGACGACAGCCCUCAGUCCGCCAGCCGAACCGCCCGCCACCAGGCUCUUGAUGGUGCUCGACGAUGACCCUUGGACCAACACAUUCGCAGCACCAGUGGCAUCGGAUGCCACGCUUGUCUGCAUACUGCUCACGCCAGCGUCUCCGCCAAUACUGCUCUCGCCCUCCGCCGCCUGCUGCUGGUAGUGAUAGAUGCAGGUGCAGUCUGCCGACGCCGCCGCAGGACGCGCCAGCCACCCCAGCAAUACGGCGAUGAGCAGACCAAGGGACGGCAGCAGAUGCUCAAUCUGCAGCAAAGAUGCGGACUGCCGGCUGUCCAGUGGCGGCGGGGAGGAUGGUGCAGGCUUCCACCUUGGCUGCAGGUGAAGCGAAGAGUCUUGUGGAAGUCGCUGCGUGAUCUUUGGGCUCCUUGGCGCUGCAUUCUUGAUGACUGCCUGAUUGAAGGCCGCUGGAGGCCUCCGUGUCCUCUUCUGCUCCAUGGAUCUCUCGUGAAAAGGUACCGACACGUGGAAUGGCAGAGAGAUGGACCGGGUGGCCUCUCGUUGGGUCAAAGGGUUUCAUACCCUUUGAUGAAACCCUGAAACUGAAACCCUUCACUUGACUGCACAAAACCCAUAAACCACGGCUGAAAGGACGUCCCACAGACGUGACAUUGCACGACACCUCACUGCGACGCUCCUGCACUGAAAGCAGUGCGGUGCGAAAAGCACGCUCAAUUGUUGCAAGCGUCAUCCAUAAUCACCUAUCCACCAUAUCUUCCCCGGCCCCUGUCUCUAUCGAAAGACCUCAUGUCAGAUACAAUAUGAUCCUGCCUUCAAUACCACAGCCCACAUGUGUGUGUGUGUGUGUGUGCCCUGGCUGGCUGUGUAGCUACGGCGUGCGUGUCUGCACUGAUGAUAUACUCUUCUGGGGCGACUCCCUGUCAGCAUGUCGCACGAUGUCUCGCUCCCCCACUCACCGUCGCCACCUCCCCUACCCUCAGCCUCACCCUCAGCACACAUGAGCUUCUGCACGCAUUUUCAUUAAGCAAAGGGAAAAGGGCGAUAACACCACACCCAGUCUGUGUAUAUAUGUGUUGUCCCUCCCUCACUGUACGUGUCAUCGUACCGUACCACAUCUAUGUAGUUGGUGAUGUACAUGUGUCCCCCCCUCGUCAACAUCUGCACACAAAUGAGAGGAGAUGACCAAUCCAAUGCACGCACACGUGUGCCACAAUGAGAGGGGGGAUUCUCUGUCUGUGAGCCCCUCCCGCUAUGCACUGCAUUGACCUCGAAGACGCCCGUGUGGUUGAGUGUCUUCAGGAUCGCCUCCAUGAACUCCUCGCACCCACCGUACUCAACACACGACUGCACCACACACACCACGUCCACACCAAUUCCUGAGACUGCCCGCGACAUGCUGCGUGUCUGUCUCUGUGUCAGCGCGCUGAGUGUGUGCGUACCUGCAGGACAAUCGACGUCAAGAGGAGUGCGUACUUGAUGUCCUGAUGAUAUCCCUCCCCGGCCUUGCCGUGAGACACGCGGGCAAACAGACGCGGCAACGUCGCCAGGAAGGCCUUCCGAAUCAGCUGAAUGAGCCGAUCCAACCACACACGACAUCCAUCCAUCUGUCUAUCGUUAGGUUGGAUCGGUCUCCGUUUCCCUCACUCACUCACUUGUCGCGUGGCAUGGCCGAGAGAGAGGAGGUGUGUGUGUAGGCGGCGAUCCCCGGAGCCGUCUAUGCGUCCGAUGUGUGUGCCGUCUGGCUGCCCCACGAGGGCCGCCAGCAGCAGCACUGGCGGAGGGGGCGGGGGAGGCGAAGAGGGGCCUGGAGACGUGUUGGCUGGCGGCACCCGAUACACAUUCAGGCCAGUCAGGCGAAGUAUCUGCACCCAACUCGCCCACACACAUAUCGACAAGACAGCGAAUGAGGGCGCAAGGAGGAUUGGUGGCUUGGGUCCUGUGUUGUGUGGUACCUCUGGUGCGUUGAGUAUCAGUGUGUUGAAGAAGGCGAUGGGGAGGUGGAAGCCUGACUUGCCGUGGGCGCAGAUGAUGGUGGCCAGCAUGGACGAACCUGACACAGACUGAGCAUAAGGAGAUAGGAUUACAGGAUGGCUGCCUUUGUGUGCUGUGUUGUGUGCUUCUCACUCACCGCGCAGAUUCGUCCGAGUAGUGUCUGAUUCGCCAUGAGCGACUGCACAAAACACGACUUAUCGACGGAAUCCAAGCUACCUGCAUGGCAUGGAUCGGCAGGAAGGGCAGCACACACACACACACACACAGACACACAGGCACGACGGUCGAGUCCACGCAUAUCAUCUAAGGCAGCCAACCUUUUCAGUGCAGCCAGCCGCAUUGAGCUUGCUUACCGAACAGUGCCUGCAUGCAGAGUGUGGCACGCGGAUGGGUGCACAUCGCACACACGACCUCUGCCGACAUCUGGCGAAUAGUAUACACACGCAGACAGACAGGCACACAGACGUACGUGUGAGUGGCCGGACGGACCCUUCCUGACAAGGACGUGUGCUGUGCGUCUACGUUGUUGACGAGGGCUUUGGUGGCGGGCAGCCCCUGGGCCCAUUCGCUCCUGAGUGCACUCCGCACCACCCAAGUGCCCUCAGGAUGGGGCUGCAAGCCAGACAGCGGACACACAAACACGAAUGAAUGAAUGAAUGGCAUACACGGGAGUGUGACCGACCGCUAGCAUUGAGAACAAUGCCACCUCUAGCAGGGUCUGCAGGCCAGUGCAUGAGCCAGACAAGACAAGGUGGCGCGACAGCACGCAUAUAUGAUUCAGCACAAGCACAUCCAAGUCUCACAGCACACGAACACACAAUACACGUCAUCGCAGUACGCACAAGUGCAGCCGCUGAUUAUUACCUCUACGAGAGACAGCUGGAGGGAGCCAUUCGCCCGCCUCGACGACAGCACCAGCUGCAGCCACCUACACAGUCACCACAUAAGGGACAAAGCGGAAGGUACUACCCGCUCCGGGCAGCCCGAUUCAUCCAUCCAUCCAUCCCAUCCAUCGGACGUGCCUACGUCCGAGCAUGCGAUUCAUUGUGUUGGAUGACGGCCAGCAGAAACUCCGACAGAGGCACACCGCCCAUCACCCUCUCCAAAUCCUGACACACAACCACACAGGCACACACCACCAUACAUGGGAAGGAAUCCAUUGCAGCAGGCCUGCCGUCAUCUCACCUUGCGUGUGACUACGUCUGGUGGCGGCAUUGCGUGUAGCUUUCCUUUGAACCACAGAUGGACGGGCAGACCGAAGGGGGCAGGGCCAUACGACUGCCCUGCCACGCCCCCUGUCUGCCCUGCCCCAGGGCCAUAUGGCUGCCCUGCCCCUGCAGUGCUAACAAAGGGAUUCUUGGCGUCAAGGAGGCUGCCAUGGACCGGCACACCCGAUGGUGGGCAGGGGAGGAUGCGAACGGGCCAACGAAACAGGGGGCGGCUACUGCUGGCAGGGUGGGCGUGUGCAGCAACACCAUACGACGUCACAGAACCAGGUGUCUGCUCGACGAAUGGUUUGCAUUGCGAUGGGUGUUUGUAGGUCCAGAUCGACGAGCACAUCCUCAGGUCUGCAGCGCCGCCGCCUUCAUCGUCCUAUCUACAUCGCCUCAAAGCCUUCAUAUCUUCCUUAAUCUAUCAUCG